GCCCCGCCCCCAAGGCUGGGGGGUCGCGGGUGCCCGAGUCUGUCAGACUCCGCCCCGUUUUCCCACCGGCACUGUUGGAGUCCGUCACCUGACUGCAGGGUUUGGAUCCUUUCCUGUCCAGGUCUCCCGGUCCCUACCCUAGGUGUUCCGCGGCGAGGCUUGGUCCUGCCUGGGCUGCCAUGGCCUCGGACGCCCCCGGGCCAACCGAGGAGGUGGGCCCGAGUCCCGAUGGGUCGGACCUGGCCGUGAAUCCCUAUGACGGACUCCCCUUCUCCUCUCGAUACUACACCCUGCUGGCCCAGCGCCGCGCUCUCCCCGUCUGGGCGGCACGCUUCAGCUUCCUCGAGCAGCUGGAGAGCAGCCCCAGCGGUGUGGUGCUGGUGUCCGGGGAACCUGGCUCCGGCAAGAGCACCCAGAUUCCUCAGUGGUGUGCUGAGUUUGCUCUGGCGAGGGGAUUCCAGUAUGGCCGGGUGACGGUCUCACAGCCACAGCCUUUGGCUGCCCUGAGCCUAGCUCUUCGAGUAGCUGAUGAAAUGGAUCUAAGCUUGGGCCACGAAGUUGGCUACAGCAUCCCCUUGGAGGACUGCACUGGACCAGACACCCUGCUCAGGUUCUGCUGGGACAAGCUGCUGCUACAGGAAGCAGCCUCAGCCCGAGGAGCAGGAGCUUGGGGUGUUCUGGUACUGGAUGAGGCCCAGGAGCGGACAGUGGCUUCCGAUGUGCUGCAGGGAUUAUUGCGGGAUGCAGGAUUGGGAAACAGCCUCGAGGGCCCACGAUUAGUCGUGGUCACAGAUCCAGCCUUUGAACCUAAGCUCAGUGCCUUUUGGGGUAACCCUCCUGUGGUGCGGGUGGCUCGGGGGCCUGAAGAGGGCCCUGUUCCUGUGUACAGGGAUCCUGCUCCCACUGAUCUAGUGGGUGCUGCCUGCCAAGCUGUGCUGGAGUUACACCAGGGUGGGGCUCCAGGGGAUGUGCUGGUCUACCUGCCCAGUGAGGAGGACAUUUUGCGGUGCUGUGAAUGUCUUCGAAAGGAGGCAGAGCACUUGGGUCCUGAGGUGACCCAAUUUCAGGUGCUGCCACUACAUGCUGGGCUUGGCCGGGCAGUCCAGGCUGUGUACGAGGAUGUGGAGGGAGGCCCUCGGAAGGUUGUGGUCACUCAUUGGCUGGCCGACUCAUCUUUCUCGAUCCCCUCAAUCCACCAUGUCAUUGAUUCAGGGUUGGAGCUUCGAAAUGUUUACAAUCCUCAGAUCCGGGCUGAAUCCCAAGUGAUGAGGCCAAUCAGCAAAAGCCAAGCAGAAGCCAGGAGGCGGAGAACCAAAGGCUCCCCACUAGGAUCCUGUCUCUGCCUAUAUCCUAAGUCUUUCUUGGAGCUAAGAGCUCCCUCAGUUCCUCCACCUCGGGUAUGUGAGGAAAAUCUAAGCCGAUUAGUGCUAUUGCUGAAGAGGAGACACAUUGCAGAGCCAGGAGAGUGUCACUUUCUGGACCGGCCCGCCCCAGAGGCUCUAAUGCAGGCUCUGGAAGAUCUGGACUAUCUGGCUGCAUUGGAUGAUGAUGGUGACCUGUCAGACCUUGGAGUCAUUCUGUCCGAGCUCCCUCUGCCCCCUGAGCUCGCAAAAGCCCUGCUGGCUGCCUGUGAAUUUGAUUGCGUGGAUGAGAUGCUAACACUAGCAGCCAUGCUCACCACUGCCUCUGGGUUUGAGGGCCCACCAACGUGUGUAGAGGAGGCUGCCCGACGACGAGCAUUGGAGCAUCCAGAUGGUGACCACAGCACCCUAAUUCAGGUGUAUGAGGCCUUUAUACAGAGCGGGGAAGAUGAGAACUGGUGUCAGGCUCGGGGGCUGAGCUGGGCAGCAUUGUGCCAGGCCCGGGCAUUUCGGGGGGAGCUCCUGGAACUGAUGCGUCGAAUCGAACUUCCCCUGUCUCCACCAGCAUUUGGCUCUGAACAGAAUCGAAAAAAUCUGCAGAGAGCGUUGGUGUCGGGGUACUUCCUCAAGGUGGCUCGAGACACAGAUGGGGCUGGCAAUUACCUGCUCCUGACCCACAAGCAUGUGGCCCAGUUGUCCCCAUCCUGCUGCUACAGAAGUCGACGCCCGCCAGCCCAACCUCCACCCUGGGUACUCUACCAUAACUUUUCCAUCUCGCAAGACAACUGCCUCUCCAUUGUGUCCGAGCUCGAGCCCCACAUGCUCAUAGAGUUGGCGCCCCCCUACUUCCUGAGUAACUUGCCUGCGAGUGAGAGCCGAGACCUUCUGAAUCAGCUGAGGGAAGAAAUGACUGGAGUCUCACCAGGGAAUGAGCCUCCCACCCAGGACCUCGACCUAGAUGACAAGGAUGCCUGUGCUCUGCAGUGAUCUCUGCCAAAGGAACCAUCCUGGAGAUGAGCCACCAACAGGAGCUGCCCUGACCUGACUUAGGUCUUAGACACAGAGCUGGCCGGAUUACAUCGUCCCUGGGUUUUAGGGCAAAGUCUAAAGCCAGCAGGUGGGGCCUAGCAAAUUGUAUGACUGGAGGGGACGGUAUGGGUGCACAGGGAUACAGUAUAAGGACUUAGGAGCACUGGGUUCAAACAUGAAGGGGCUUGAGCAGGGAAGGGGCAGUAGCCAGAAUGACAACACUUCUGUGGGUGGCCAAGUUCACAUCUUAGGCCUGUCCUUUGUUGGAGAAGAGUCCACACGCCUCUUUCCUCCCUUCCCUAAUCCUCAACGCUUCAUAAAGCUUGUUCUAUGCCGAGA